UGCUCGACAAGUAAUAUUAAUCUCUCAACUGGUAAGUGAAAAACCAAAACGCAAAAACAUGGGUUCUGAUGGGCAGCCAAAGCUCCCUGUCUUAGAUUUCUCUCAGGAAGCUGAAGCUCUGAAGCCUGGCACCAACUCAUGGCUAUCGGCAUGCAAAGAUGUUCGACAAGCACUUGAAGAGUUCGGCUGUUUUUUCGUAUCGUAUGACAAACUCCCUCCGGAGUUUCAAAAUGGUUUUUUGGGUGCUCUAAAAGAAUUAUUUGAUCUCCCUACUCAGACCAAAAUGACAAACAAAUCUGAAAAUCCCUCAAGUGGAUAUUUUGGACAAAUUCCCAGCCUUCCUCUCCAUGAAGGCUUGGGCAUUGAGAAUGCAACAAAUUUAGAGGAGACUCAAAAGUUCACAAAGCUCAUGUGGCCUGGUGGAAAUGAUAAUUUCUGUGAAAGUGCACAUUCGUUUGCAAAAGUGGCAGAGGAGUUGGACCAAAUGGUGACUAGAAUGAUAUUUGAGAGCUAUGGUAUGGAGAAGUAUUACGACUCCUAUGUUGGGUCCGUCUCCUAUCUUCUUCGACUCUUGAAAAAUAGAACACCCCAAGAAAAUGAGCCUAGCCUUGGCUUCGUGGCUCAUACUGACAAGAGCUUCACAACCCUACUUUAUCAGAAUAACCAAGCCCAUGGUCUGGAGGUUGAAACUAAAAGCCACGAAUGGAUUAGGGCUGAGUUUCCACCUUCAUCCUUUCUAGUCAUGGCCGGUGAUGCACUAAUGGCAUGGAGCAAUGACAGAAUAUUAUCUCCCAACCAUCGAGUUAUUAUGAGUGGGAAUGAAGCAAGAUACUCUCUGGCACAAUUUGCAUUUAGUGACGGCGAGAUACAUGUGCCGGAAGAGCUUGCUGAUGAACAACACCCCUUACGCUACAAGUCGUUUGAUCAUCCUGGACUGCUAGUUUUCUUUCGCACUAAUGAGAGCUAUGUUUCAAACAGUGCUAUAAAAGCCUAUUGUGGUGUUUGAAAUAAACCCCGUAGCUAAUACGAAUGUUUGCUACGCUUGCGUGUGCUGUGUGUUAAUUUCAAGGCUUGGUUGUGGGUUUUUUAAUUGUUCAAUCUGUUUCUGCAUGCUAUGUUACCU